AGGGAGAGGGAGAGGGAGAGAGAGAGUGAAAGAAACGCACUCCUUGAAGGGAAGAGAGAGAGAGAGGGAGACGAAGAGAAGGACGCUCCUAGGACAAUACGCGUUCCAUCGGAACAAGGUACCACAGAGGGGCGGGGAAGCUUAUGGACUUGUUCGGAGAAGCAGCCUCAUUGAGAACCUGACGCCGGUGUGCUGAGACGGGCGGACAAGUGGCCGUCAUCCUGUUGCCUUCGACGAUGCUAUCGGCGGGUCCCAGCUGCUUCCACCGCGGAUGGAUGGCUGCGCACCAGGUACCACGGAGGAGAGGCUCGCGGUUUUAACAAGGUGGACGGAUGCCAUUGGAUUCUUUUGAGACAAAAGGGGUUCAACAACAGCCCUCGACUCCACCGACGACGACAUUUGAAGGAAAGCGAUUUAUCUCAUCUUUCUUUUCUUUUUUUAAAUGUAAGCGGAUCUGAAUGUGGAUUUUUCUUAGGGAGUAAAUGCCGUAUGUCAAGGUGGUUGUCUAUUUUCAAUAUGACAGAAAGGUGGCGGGAGGCAUAUUACAGCAAUACAUCCUACCAAACAUUGCGGAUGGCUCCAAAUUAAAUAAAUAACAGUUACGCUGCCUUCUUAAAAUUAAGCAAGACCCAGACCAAAAUGCAAAGUUGAUGCUGCUGUCCGCGGACUAUCUAUGCUUAUGACUUGUUUCAUUUGGCGUGGGCUACCGUCAUAUCGGAAUUAAAGAGUAUGUCCAAUCAAUCACUGCUCUGCCGUUUGAUGCGUUAAAGAUGUCAGGACAUAUUUUCAUGACAGUCCUUAAUCCGAUCUGCCAAGAAUAAGGGAAGGUGAUGCAGACACGAGCGCAGCCGAACAACAUGAGAACAUGAAACAUUGAUGUCGGGCUCAUAAAUCUGUACUGAUGUAUUUUUGGGGGGUGGUAAAUACUCCUUAAAACACAACGUAGCGCCAGGACACGUUGAGGAUCAGCAACCGCACAAGAUUCCGUGUUCGGUCCACGGUGCAAUAAGCCGCUCAGCUAAACCAACGCCGAUUGACUUUCCUCUCAAGUAGGGCCCGUCGGCAGAACCAGAAAGGGCAUGCGAAUUUCCAUUCCUGUCGGGCAAAGCCAAGGCCCUUCUUGACGGAUUGGAUCACCUUUACGGCACAAGAAGCGACGCUUCACGUAUGCACCGUCCUGAUCCAGAUGAGAUGUAAUGUUGUAUAGCUGUGCUGCUAAGCCUUGGACUCCCGCUCCGCUCCUUCGUAAAGACCGCUUCUUGUCGGUGUCCAGAGAAUGGCUCGGUUCGGAGACGAUGCACCGGCCAGGUAUGGUGGCGGCCCAGGUGGAGGAGGCCCGGGCGGUCGUGGUGGUAGCAGGCAAGGAGGUCCCCACGGCCAUGGGCACGGACACGGUCACGGACACGGUGCACCCGGUGGGCCCGGGGGCCAGAGAGUGUACAAGCAGUCCAUGGCGCAGAGAGCCCGGACUAUGGCGCUGUACAACCCCAUCCCCGUGCGCCAGAACUGCUUCACGGUCAACCGCUCGCUGUUCAUCUUCAGCGAGGACAAUUUUGUGAGGAAAUACGCCAAAAAGAUCACCGAAUGGCCUCCGUUUGAGUGGAUGAUCCUGGGCACAAUCAUCGCCAACUGCAUCGUCCUCGCCCUGGAGCAGCACCUGCCCGAUGACGACAAGACCCCGCUCUCUGAGCGCCUGGAUGACACAGAGCCUUAUUUCAUUGGGAUCUUCUGUUUUGAGUCUGGAAUUAAGAUCCUAGCGCUGGGCUUCGCCUUCCACAAGAACUCCUACCUGCGUAACGGAUGGAAUGUCAUGGACUUUGUGGUCGUGUGCACAGGGAUCCUGUCCACAGUGGGCUCGGACUUCGACCUGCGGACCCUCAGAGCCGUGCGUGUGCUGAGGCCGCUGAAACUGGUGUCAGGCAUUCCCAGCCUGCAGGUGGUGCUCAAGUCCAUCAUGAAGGCCAUGAUUCCCUUACUUCAGAUAGGACUACUCCUGUUCUUCGCUAUCCUCAUGUUCGCCAUCAUCGGCCUGGAGUUCUACAUGGGCAAAUUCCACACCGCCUGCUUUGACAAUUACACAAAGGAUGUGCGGGAGGAGUUCCCAUGUGGUCUGGAGGCUCCGUCGCGCCUCUGUCCGGAGGGAACCACCUGUAGGCAGUACUGGCUGGGGCCCAACUACGGCAUCACCCAGUUUGACAACAUCCUGUUUGCCAUCCUCACCGUCUUCCAGUGCAUCACCAUGGAAGGCUGGACUGAGCUCCUCUACUACAGCGACGACGCCUCAGGGAGUGCGUGGAACUGGAUGUACUUUGUCCCUCUCAUCAUCAUCGGCUCCUUUUUCAUGCUCAACCUGGUGCUCGGUGUUCUGUCCGGGGAAUUUGCCAAAGAGAGGGAGCGUGUGGAGAACAGGAGCGAGUUCCUGAAGCUCCGCAGACAGCAGCAGAUCGAGAGGGAGCUCAACGGCUACUUGGAGUGGAUCUGUAAAGCAGAAGAGGUCAUUCUGGCUGAUGAUGAAAAUGAUGGCGAAUACGACGGCUCCCGUAGGAGAGCCACGAAGAACCACAAGAACAAGGCAGAACUACUGAACCCUGAGGAGCUGGAUGGAGACCUGGCAGUAGGUUCUCCUUUCGCCCGCGCCAGCCUGAAGAGCUCCAAGCUGGAGGGCACCACCUUCGACCGGCGGGAGCGGCGACUGCGCUUCUUCAUCCGUCACGUGGUGAAGACGCAGACCUUCUAUUGGACGGUGCUGUGUCUUGUGGGCCUCAACACUCUGUGCGUGGCCGUUGUGCAUUACGACCAGCCGGAACCACUCUCCGACUUCCUGUAUUUUGCGGAAUUCAUUUUCCUGGGAAUCUUCUUGUCCGAGAUGUUCAUCAAGAUGUACGGCCUGGGGAAGCAGGCCUACCUCAACUCCUCCUUCAACACCUUCGACUGCAUCGUGAUUUGUGGCAGUAUAUUUGAGGUGCUGUGGUCCAUCAUCCAGCCCGGGACAUCGUUUGGGAUCAGUGUUCUGCGAGCCCUCAGGUUACUGAGGAUCUUCAAAGUCACUAAGUACUGGGCGUCUCUGAGGAACCUGGUGGUGUCUCUGCUCAACUCCAUGAAGUCCAUCAUCAGCUUGCUCUUCCUCCUCUUCCUCUUCAUCGUCGUAUUCGCCCUUCUGGGCAUGCAGCUCUUCGGGGGACAGUUUAAUUUUGAGAAUGGCACUCCACCGACCAACUUUGAUACAUUCCCUGCAGCUAUAAUGACAGUGUUUCAGAUCCUGACGGGAGAGGACUGGAACAUGGUGAUGUAUGAUGGGAUCAAGUCUCAGGGUGGAGUCAACAAGGGCAUGCCCUUCUCCAUCUUCUUCAUCGUCCUCACACUCUUUGGCAACUACACUUUGCUCAACGUGUUCUUGGCCAUCGCUGUGGACAAUCUGGCCAACGCCCAGGAGCUGACCAAGGAUGAACAAGAGGAAGAGCGGGCGGCGAGCAAGAAGGCUGCCCUUCAGAAGGCCAAGGAGGUCGCGGAAGUCAGCCCUCUCUCUGCUGCUAAUCUCUCCAUUGCCGCCAACAAACUACACAGUGAGAGUCACAACACAUCAGACCCCUUUCUGGACUGUAAGGACCAGAAGAACAACUUGAAGGGCUUGAACAAGUCUGUGUGGGAGCAGCGCACCAAGGAGCUGAGGAAACAGACGCUGGCGUCCAGUCGCGAGGCACUCUACAACGAGCUCGACCCCGACGACCGCUGGAAGGCACGGGAUGGAGUGAGCGAAGAGCCCAACAAUGUCAACUUCUCCCGGAACGUCCGCCCAGAUGCGAACACCCACCUGGACCGACCGCUGGUGGUGAACCCCCUGGAGAACCGAAACAACAACACCAACAAGACCACCGUCAGCGACACCCAGCCGCUAUGCAGGCAAACGCAACUCCACCGCGAACGGACGGACGAGAGCAGCGAGGGCGGCGGCGGCGGGGGUGGGGGGUCGGGUCCCGGCAGACCCCCGCUGGAGCGCGGCGAGUCGACGGAGAGCCGACGGAGCCGCAAGGCCGACCACCACCACCACCACCACCACCACCACCCUCACCACGUCUCCCACACCCGGCUGGACGGAGGCUCCAUGCUGGCCCUGGGGCCUGUGGCCGAGGAGAAGACCCCCAGGCGCCACCGUCGUGGGCGGAGCGGCGGCGGCGGCGGCGGCGGCCAGGCGGAGCACAGGAAGCCCACCCGGGCCCACCGGCGGAGCACCGAGGAGGAGGAGGGAGGAGGAGGAGGAGGAGGAGCCGGGGGGACGCCCCAGUGCAAAGAAACGGAGGGGGGCGUUGAGGGAGGAGACCAGGAGGGCGGAGGCGGAGGCGAGGGAGGCGAGAGAAGGCCCAGACGGGGUCGCCACGGCAACCAGGCGGAUGGCGAGGGGAAAAGGGCGCGCCAGCACCGGAGGAGGGAGGGCAGUGGGCCCAGCCUCUCCACCACGCGUCCCAUCCAGAAGACCCUUUCCCGGCAGGACAGCCAGUGCGUUGAGGACAUGGACAACCUGAUGAACACCCGGCUGGUUUCCUCAUCCUCCAGCCCGGCGCAGAGCUUUGGCUCCGCCCUUUACCUGGCCAACAGCGCCGCUGGCAGCGUGGUGGGACUGGACGGCUAUGGCAAUGUAACGCAUCGCCGGGGCAACAGCAUGGUCCGUCUGCCCAGGCCCGAUUACACGGCACUCGACAUGCCCGCCUUUCCGUCCACCAACGCCAUCCUGCAAGUCAAUAAGAACGCCAACACAGAGCCCCUGCCCAAGAAGGAGGACAAGGACGAUGAUGAGGAUGAGAAAGGUGGUGAUGGUGGACCCAAGCCCAUGCCCCCCUUCAGUUCCAUGUUCAUCAUGUCCACUACCAACCCGUUCCGCCGCCUAUGUCACUACGUGUGCACGUUGCGCUACUUUGAGAUGUGCAUCCUUCUCGUCAUCGCCAUGAGCAGCAUCGCCCUGGCCGCCGAAGACCCCGUCUGGCCCGAGUCCCCUCGCAACAAUGUGCUGCGCUACUUCGACUACGUCUUCACGGGAGUCUUCACUUUUGAGAUGUUAAUUAAGAUGGUGGACCUUGGGUUGGUCUUGCAUCAAGGUUCCUACUUCCGUGACUUGUGGAACAUCCUGGACUUUAUAGUGGUUAGUGGUGCUCUGGUGGCCUUCGCCUUCACCAGCGGCACCGGGGGGAGCAGUGCGGGAAAGGACAUCAGCACGAUCAAGUCGCUCCGGGUGCUAAGAGUUCUUCGCCCUCUGAAGACCAUCAAACGACUCCCCAAACUCAAGGCUGUUUUUGACUGUGUGGUGAACUCCCUGAAGAACGUGCUGAACAUCCUCAUCGUCUACAUGCUCUUCAUGUUCAUCUUUGCCGUGGUUGCCGUGCAGCUCUUCAAGGGACGAUUCUUUUUCUGCACGGACGAGUCCAAAGAGUUUGAGCGCGAUUGCAGGGGCGAAUAUCUGGUGUAUGAACCUAAUAACGAAGUGAAGGCGCAGAAGCGGGAGUGGAAGAAGUACGAUUUCCACUACGACAACGUGGCUUGGGCCCUACUCACCCUCUUCACCGUGUCUACCGGAGAGGGGUGGCCGCAGGUGCUGAAACAUUCAGUGGAUGCGACUUAUGAGAACCAGGGCCCGAGCCCGGGGUACCGGAUGGAGAUGUCCAUCUUCUACGUGGUGUACUUCGUGGUCUUCCCCUUCUUCUUCGUCAACAUCUUCGUGGCUCUCAUCAUCAUCACCUUCCAAGAACAGGGAGACAAGAUGAUGGAGGACUACAGCCUAGAAAAGAAUGAGAGAGCCUGUAUAGACUUUGCCAUCAACGCCAGGCCCCUGACGCGACACAUGCCCCAAAACAAGCAAAGCUUCCAAUACCGCAUGUGGGAGUUUGUGGUGUCGCCGCCAUUUGAGUAUACUAUCAUGGCGAUGAUCGCGCUCAACACCGUCGUACUCAUGAUGAAGUAUGACGGUGCGUCAGUCACCUAUGAAGCGGUGCUGGCAAACCUCAACAUCGUAUUCACUUCUCUAUUCUCCAUGGAGUGUGUCCUCAAAAUCAUCGCCUUCGGAGUGUUGAAUUAUUUCAAAGAUGCCUGGAACAUUUUUGACUGUGUGACAGUAGUUGGCAGCAUCACUGACAUUCUGGUUACCGAGCUUGGGAUGAACAACUUCAUCAACCUGAGCUUCCUGAGGCUGUUCCGUGCAGCCCGCCUCAUCAAGCUGCUGCGGCAGGGAGAGACCAUCCGCAUCCUGCUCUGGACCUUUGUCCAGUCCUUCAAGGCCUUACCGUACGUCUGCCUGCUCAUAGCCAUGCUGUUCUUCAUCUACGCCAUCAUAGGGAUGCAGCUCUUUGGGAAUAUUGGGAUUGAAGAAGAAAGUGAAAGUGCCAUCAACCAACACAACAACUUCAGGACCUUCUUUCUGGCCCUCAUACUCCUCUUCAGGAGCGCGACGGGUGAAGCAUGGCAUGAGAUCAUGCUGGCCUGUCUGGGGGGCAAAGCAUGUGACCCCCUAUCUGAAAACAAGGAAUCAGGCUCCUUGUGUGGGAGCCAGUUCGCCUAUUUGUAUUUUGUCUCCUUCAUCUUCUUCUGCUCCUUCCUGAUGUUGAACCUGUUUGUGGCCGUCAUCAUGGACAACUUUGAGUACCUGACAAGAGACUCGUCCAUCCUGGGCCCUCAUCACCUGGACGAGUACGUCAGGAUAUGGGCAGAGUACGACCCAGCAGCCUGCGGGAGGAUUCAUUAUAAGGACAUGUACAGUUUAUUACGAGUAAUCGACCCGCCCCUCGGCUUAGGCAAGAAGUGCCCCCAUAGGGUGGCCUGCAAGAGACUGCUGAGGAUGGACCUGCCCGUUGCCGACGACAACACAGUGCACUUCAACUCCACCCUCAUGGCACUGAUACGCACGGCGCUGGACAUCAAGAUAGCCAAGGGUGCUGAAGGCGGCGUGGACAAGCACCAGAUGGACGCUGAGCUGAGGAAGGAGAUGAUAGCUAUCUGGCCCAACCUCUCCCAGAAGACCCUGGACCUGUUGGUUACACCGCACAAGUCAGCCACAGACCUGACGGUGGGGAAGAUCUAUGCUGCCAUGAUGAUCAUGGAGUAUUACCGCCAGAGCAAGAUCAAGCGCUCUCAGGCGUUAAGGGAUGAGCAGAAUCGAACGCCAUUACUGUUUCAGCCCGUGGAGGCGCCCACCCCCACACAAGACGGGGGGCCGGGACUCGCCGCUCUAUCGCCAUCACAGACAACUGACCAGCCAAUCGGCAGCCUAGCUGUUGAAGGGGGGAUCCCAGAGAGCCAGUCCUGGGUGACUGCGCGAGCCCAGGAGAUGUCCCAGAAAGUGGGGAGCUGGAGCCCCGAAGGCCACCCUGGUGUACACUCCCAAGAUGGCCUGGGACGCAUGACCAACUCACAGACGGUAGAGAUGAGAGAGAUUGGGCGGGAUGGUUACUCGGAUACCGAGCACUUUCCACCAAUGGAAGGUCACGGAAGAGCUGCUUCCAUGCCCCGCCUACCUGGCGACAACCAACAGCGGAGGAAAGGGAGACACCGUGGCAGUAACCUCAGUACAAUCCCUGACAACAGCCCCAUGAAGCGUUCAGCCUCGUCCCUGGGCCACAGCCGGUUGGGACGGCCCCACCGGGGGGACCGCGGGGGGCCCGAGGACUACGCCAUGGAGCACACCAUCCCGGAGGAGGGUUGUGUCACACGCCACACCCACCGCCGCAAGGAACGCAACCACCACACCUCACAGAGAUCCCUGUGUCGCUACACAGAGGCGGACACAGGCCACACGGAGCUAAGCACCACCACCAAGUCCGGGGAGCUGCCCCUCAGAGACAAGGAGCGCGACAGGGACAGGGACCGCGGACGCUCCAAGGACCGCAAGCAUCACCACCACCAUCACCACCACCAUCACCAGGGCUCAGUGGACAAGGAGCACUACGCACCAUCUGAGCGGCCGGGCGAGUACGUGCACCGACACUCCCGGGAGAGGGAGACCGACCGGGACCGGGAGAGAGAGAGGGAGAGAGAGACCGACCACGACCGGGAGAGAGACCACGAUCGUGAACGCGACCGGGAGAGAGAGACCGACCACGACCGGGAGAGAGAGCCCGACCACGACCGGGAGAGAGAGCCCGACCACGACCGAGAGAGAGACCACGACCGCGACCGGGAGAGAGAGCCCGACCAUGACCGGGAGAGGGAAAAAGACAACCGUCGAUGGUCGCGCUCACCCAGUGAGGGCCGCGAGUGCAUGACGCACAGACAGGGCAGUAGUUCGGUCAGCGAGAGUCCCGUCCCCUCCACCUCGGGCACCAGCACCCCCCGGCGGGGCCGGCGGCAGCUGCCCCAGACCCCCGCCACGCCCCGGCCCCAUGUCAACUAUUCCCCCGUGGUCCGUAAGGCCAUGGGGGGGCCGGCGGCGCCCGGGGGACCCCAGGCCCGGCCCCCUGCAAACCAUCGUUUCUCCCCGGAGCCCCCCCCCCCCACUCAGGGCCAGGGGCCCCCCCUGCCUGCGGGCCCCCCCUCCGCCCCCCACCAGGCCCGGCACCCGCUGACGCGCUGGGGGGAGACGGCGGGGGGCGACGAGAGCUCCACGGAGGGGGACGGCUUCUACAGCCAGGACUACGAGCCCCCCGCGUACGAGACCACCCCUGCUCAGGGAGGCAACCCCCACGCGCUGCCCCCCCUGCCCCAGGCCCAGCCCCCGCCGCCACAUAAAGCCCACCCCGUCCCGCCGCCGCAGCCCCACCCCGCCAACAACCCCCACCCCCACCCUCCGGGACACCCCCACCCAAGCCGGCCGUCCCCCAGGACUGUGGCCCCGUGCCAACCGCCCCCCCCCAGCACGCCCCCGGUGGGGCCCGGGCCGCCGGUCCCGGCCCAGCGCCGUGUGCCCAAUGGUUUCCGCGCCCCCUCCCCCUCCACGCACCUCCAGGGACCCCCGGCACACACGGUGCCCCACAAGAUCCCCCCACCAGGGGCCCAUCCCCGAGGGCCACGCAAAGGCCUGCACGAACCCUACACCCAGAACGACGACUGGUGCUAGCCCCUGAGGGCUCCGCAGGGCCGGGGCAGGAGGCGGACUAACGCGCUGACAGACGUGCGCCGAGCGAGAGAGACACGGACUGGGGUUCCAGAGCAAGGCAUGAUUCUUUCGUCUCGGUCCGUUUGGUUUCGUGAUGUCACCGUUCUGCUCGGCCCUGCUCCAGCGGAGAACCCAGAUCUGGUAGAGGAGCGCCUCGAGUGAAAUCCUCUUAUUGAGGCGGUGGAACAAAAGCAAAAGGGUGGGUGGGGGGGGGGUUAUUCAUUUUUUGUGUGUCCUAAAAAAUAAAGGCUCCUUCUGGCUCCUAGGAAGAGCUCCAGCCACUAAACAAGAUGUCAACGUCGAGUUUCCUCUCAGAGACCCGGCCGGCGACGGGAUACAUCGACCACUUUUCAGUUUGUUUGUUUCUUUUGCUUCUGGAAACCUACUUCUGUUAGUCGCAAACAAAAAAGAAGGAACAAAGGUAAAAUCCCAACCAAUCCCGACUCGAGGGAAUAUUGAUGAGUUUUAUCAUCUGUGUUUACUCCUAAAUAAGGACUGAUCCUGGACAGGGGGAGGGGCCUGGUCACCUGAUCCUGGACAGGGGACGGGGCCUGGUCACCUGAUCCUGGACAGGGGGAGGGGCCUGGUCACCUGAUCCCGCCUCCCCAGGGAGGGGGAGAGGUGGAUUCAGUCAGGUGGGCACCAUCCCUUGACCCCAGUCCCGUGUGUUUGUCUGUGUGUGCGUGCAUGUGUUGAGUGUGUGUGUGUGUGUGUGUGUGUGUGUGUGUGUGUGUGUGUGUGUGCGUGUGUGUGUGUGUGUGUGCGUGUGUGUGUGUGUAUGUGUGUGUGUGUGUGUGUGUAUUUGUGUUGUUGUACACCCAUAAACACGGACAAAAACUGAACAGUUUUUUCUUCUUCCACGACUGCCUACUCCUCCUCUCCUCUUCUCUCAAAACAUCAGAAUCUUGUACUUAUUUGACUUUGUUGCAACCCCACGCGCCUUGUUUUUUAGUUCCUUAAAAGACUCACAAAAUGGCGCAUCCUGCAUGAAUGAUUCAAAAAAAAUGAAGAAAACAAAAGUGAGAUGGAAGAAAAGUGGAACAAGGAGACGGUACGCACAGAAGAGGGACAGAAGUGUGUGACGUGAAUUGAAUUGUUUUAUGUGUGUGUGUGACGUUCCCUCUCAGUCUUUCAAUCUCAGAUCGAAAAAUCUCUUUCUUUAUUGUUUGUAUUUUUGGUUAAAUAGGAAAACACAUAGAGUCUCCACUGUGGCAUCUAAUUCACAAACCGGCUCAAAAUGGCUCAGAAGUCUUCCAGGGUUUUGGGGUAAGAACAAAAAGGUAGAGAGAGAAAAAAUAAGAAGAGAGGGAGAUAGAGACAGAGGGAGAGAGAAAGAGAGAGAGAAUCUCUUCCUCUUGACCUCCUUUAUAUUUUAUAUGCUUUACUUCUCUUGACGUUGACUGAGAAUGUGACCCACCCCCUCCUCACUUACUCUAAACCCCCCCCCCACACACACACACAAACUUUGUAAUGAGAUGGGAUAGUCUUGUCCCUCUAAAAGGUAGAGCUUGUAUUGUGGUGAGGUUGGGAUGGGCCUCACAUUCAACCAAGCAGGGCAAAUGUAGGAUGUACUGUCAAGAUACAUUAUGGUAUUUAUUGGGCUGUUGGUAGAUUGAUCAUUUACUUUCAACGUUACAUUUUUUUUUAAGAGUUGAGGUCACGGGGUAAGCUGAGGCCGCACUUCCAGCUAUGUCCUGUAGAUAGCGCAAUAUACAAUAUACUUCAUACAAUACGCUCCUGUAACCUAUUAACUUGAGUUUAGGUUAACUGCUCUGGUUGUUAUCCGUAUCAGUUCACUACAAAUACGCUUUAUCUUUUGCUUAAUCAAGUACACAUUGUUUGUGUUUUCUAAUGGCACGAUACAUUACACAGGAUAUUGCAUCCUGUAUAAACAUUGCUUCAUAAAGGAUCAGUUAAUAAAUUAUUUAAUGCCUCUCUUAGUUAGCUGUGCCUGCUACAGUGGCCCACAUAGUCAACUACUCUGACAUUGUGUGUGUGUGUGUGUGUGUGUGUGUGUGUGUGUGUGUGUGUGUGUGUGUGUGUGUGUGUGUGUGUGUGUGUGUGUGUGCGUGUGUGCGGUUGUGUGUGUGUGAGCGUGUAUGUGCGUACACGCGACAGUAAGCUUAUGUAAUUUCCCUUGUGUGUCAACAAGUUUUUCUGAGUGCCUCGAAAAACACUCUUUCACCACUGUCCACUGCAGCCUUCUCUUCCCCCACUGGUUAAACGUAUAGAAAUAUUAUAGAAACUAUUAAACUUCAGGACAAAGUGAAUUCCUUCUCAAUGUGUAGUUUCACUGCGGUUAACUGUAGUAGUCGUAGACAUAGUAGCAGUUUUUUAUACAUUCAUUGACAAAGACCAAAUUGUAUUGAUCAGUUUUGUAUCCAGCCGUCUCCUUGGUGACAAACGACAUGUUGACCAGAGAAUGCACAGAAGAAAUCAACAAAAACUAACAGAACUACCAAGAAACUGGAUAGUAUAGUGUCUUUGCAUUCUCCAGAGGACCAUCAUUGAAGGCUACUCUUUCAUAUCACUACACUAGGCAUGAGGGAGAAAAACACAAUAUGUAUGUAGCUCAUUUGGUUUGUAUGUAUGUGUGCGUGUGAAUGUGUGUUUAUAUGCACAAUGUGUAUUUUUCCCCAUUAACUUGCAUUACCCAUGUACUACUUAUAGUUGUCUUUUUUUGGAAUGUCACUAUUGUGUGUGUGUGUGUGUGUGUGUGUGUGUGUGUGUGUGUGUGUGUGUGUGUGUGUGUGUGUGUGUGUGUGUGUGUGUGUGUGUGUGUGUGUGUGUGUGUGUGUGUGUUUGUGUGCACGCCACUUAAUGGAGAUGUGUACACGCCCUUACUGUUCACCAUAGAUAGUAUUUCGUGUUCUUCGCCAGCCAGAUACACAUUAAAACAUUAACCACACGAAAAGCAAUGUACAACUCGCUGUUGAAAAAAAUAGUUUUUUUUAACAAAAAAAUAUGAAAAAAUAAAUAACCUAGUUCCAGAAAUGCAUGUGCUAUGUGCAUGCCACACCGUGGGUUAACAGUCAUUUUCAGGACAUAAAAGAGACAGCAGAAAUAUUGAAUUUAAAUGGAUUAACAAUCAACAAAAAAAUAUAUAGAUAGAUGUUUUUAAAAAAAAGAAAAAGCAACAUGUUUCCCUUUUCCUUCUAUUUUUGAAAACUAACAAGUUUAAUAAAAAAUAAAUCACAAAAAAAGUGUUCAAACGUACGGGAAAAUGUGACGUGUGACUGUGUUGAGGCGUGAAACGAUGAUGUUCGGGUAAGACACCACACAAAAAAUGAACUGCUGUUUUUAAGCAACAAUAAUGACGAUAAUAAUAAAGAAAAGAACGUCCAGUCCAGAUGGCGAAAUUGUA